UCGCGCUGUGGAAGUUGUAGUGGAAGCACUGGCGCUCGCGCUCGUGAAAACGCGUCUGUGUGUUUUCCGUGGAUUUACAGGAGCCAGCAGAUCCACAGACAUGCUCGGGACUCACCUGUGAUACUUGAGUGUCCUGUGAGAGAGGAGGUGUUACGCUGGACAGACUGACGUCUCCUGCAGGAGAUCAUGUCGACGGCAGUUGCGGCGAUCGUGAAGGAGGGAUGGCUCCACAAAAGAGGUGAAUAUAUAAAGACGUGGAGGCCGCGGUAUUUUCUGUUGAAGAGUGACGGUACGUUUAUCGGUUAUAAGGAGCGGCCGCAGGACGUGGAUCAGCUGGAAACACCAUUAAAUAACUUCUCGGUGGGACAAUGUCAGCUGAUGAAGACAGAACGACCCAAAGCCAACACAUUCAUCAUACGCUGCCUGCAGUGGACCACUGUCAUCGAACGCACCUUCCAUGUGGAGAGCCCUGAGGAACGGGAGGAAUGGACCAAAGCCAUCCAGGCUGUGGCCAACAGUCUGCACAAACAAGAGGAGGAGAUGAUGGACUCGUCUCCUGACCCCAUGGACAUGGAGAUGUAUUUGACCAAACCUCGACACAAAGUGACUAUGCAUGAUUUUGAAUACCUCAAGCUCUUGGGUAAAGGCACGUUCGGAAAGGUGAUUCUGGUGAAGGAGAAAGCGACUGGAAAAUAUUACGCCAUGAAGAUCCUCAAGAAAGAAGUGAUUGUAGCCAAAGAUGAAGUGGCUCACACACUCACUGAAAACCGCGUCCUUCAAAACUCGAAACACCCCUUCUUGACGACUCUGAAGUAUUCCUUCCAAACUCACGACCGCUUGUGUUUCGUCAUGGAAUAUGCCAACGGAGGAGAGCUUUUCUUCCACUUGUCACGAGAUCGGGUUUUCUCGGAGGACCGAGCUCGGUUCUAUGGGGCGGAGAUCGUGUCGGCGCUGGACUACCUGCAUUCAGAGAAGAACGUGGUUUACAGAGACCUGAAGGUGCUGGAAGACAACGAUUACGGCCGCGCGGUGGACUGGUGGGGUUUGGGCGUGGUGAUGUAUGAGAUGAUGUGCGGACGUCUGCCCUUCUACAACCAGGAUCACGAGCGCUUGUUUGAGCUCAUCCUCAUGGAAGACAUCCGCUUUCCUCGCACGCUCGCUCCGGAGGCCAAAUCUCUCCUGUCCGGCCUGCUCAAGAAAGACCCGAAGCAGCGGUUAGGUGGCGGCCCCGAAGACGCUAAAGAGAUCAUGCAGCACAAGUUCUUCACAGGAAUAGUGUGGCAGGACGUUUAUGAAAAGAAGUUGAUUCCUCCGUUUAAACCACAGGUGACCUCAGAAACGGACACCAGAUAUUUUGAUGAAGAGUUCACAGGACAGACCAUCACCAUCACACCACCUGGACAAGGCGACAGUAUGGAGGCGUUUGACAGCGAGAGGAGGCCACAUUUCCCACAAUUCUCUUACUCUGCCAGUGGAAUGGCCUGAAACAUCACAUCAUGUGCCUCUGGUUUGCCUCCUUCAUCCCUCAUCAGACAUUUUAGAUGGAAGUUGCACAUUUCAAUGUAAAACCACGAGCGCAGAAACUGCUCAUAUACACCAGACUGAUUUACCGGUUUGUUUUUCACAUAUGUCUUUUGGUUCGACUUUCUGUGGCCUUCUGUGUUAUCAAUGUUUUUCUGAGGAUUUGAGAGGGAACACUAUAACAUUUCCAGUCUACCUAUCAAAAUCAUCAGUUGUAAUAUAGAUUGAAAAUACAUUAUGUAGCGCUUUUUUUAUCUGCCAUGAUACCCUUAUGAAUAUUGAAAUGGAAUGGCUAAUUUAAUGCCAAAUCCCUUUUUUAUCCUUCUUACUUUUUUUUAAAUAACGAUGAUGUGAAUUGACUGAUUGACGCCUAUCAAAAAGUGCUGUGAAAGCAAUUGUAAAUGUGUAAUUGUAUGAUUCUUUACCCCUAAAGUACUUCUGGUCUAAAUGUUCCUUGCUUUAGUAAAUAUUUGCAUUGAAUGUGCAGUACUGUAUAAUAUAAUAUAAUUCACAUGAAUAAUGACUGAAUUCCUCUAAAAAAAAGUAUCUUUUUAAACUUUCACCCAACGGUCAAGAUUGUUUCUCAUAAACAUUUAAAACAUGUCCAAGAAAUAAUAGAAAGAAAUACACAUUCUUUUGUUGAAACAAUAAGUCCAUUGUUUUUUUAUUCUAUUUUUUGUAUUGUGACAAAUGCAAACCCCCUCACCCACAUAUUGUAAUCAUAAUAAUUUUAAAAUGUGAUCCAAAAAUAGGCAAAAUAAAUGAUUUAAUAUUAUUUUGCUUGUAACGCUGAGGUCAUGGGUUUAAAUCCCAAGGAAUUCACGUUUAUUAAAACUAUCUUAAAUGAAGUGUAAGUGGCCUGGAUAAAAGCUUGACUGUGACCUGAAUGUGUUUUCAUGGGAUUCACACAUUGAUUCUGUAUUAAUUCAUUUCUCAAUCUCAUUAUCCUUAUUUGUUGUUUUUUUCAUUGCGGUUCUUGUUUUUUUUGCUUCUCAAUGAGUUUUUUUUAACUUUCAAAAAGGGGAGUGGUGAAGAGUUACAAGAGACCAGAAACAUUGCAGUUAUUUGAAAAUUUCUUCAUUUUUUAUUAUUUAUAUAUUAACAGCUAGAAAUGAUGUAAUUUACUGUGCAGUAUAAACUUUGUUUACACAGAUCAUGCUGAUACAUUUGUACAUUUCAUCUGAUGACUCUUGACUGUUAUUUAAUAACACAUUUCUACACAUGAGAGUGAAACGGUGUAAAAACCAUUAAAUUGUUUUAAGGCAUCUUGCAGUAUGACCACAAAAAUGCAUUUCUUUGGUCAUUUUUUAUAUUGUCAACACACAAACGUUGGUCAUUGUACAUGAAUGAAUGUAAACCCUGUUCUCCCUCAUUUUUAUAUACUGCAACUUAUUUUAUAUGCAAAACGUAUUUUUCAGUCUGUUGUUUCAUACGAUUUAUGCUCUUUCAUACUGUUCUGUCAUCUUUUUAAAUGGGGAAAUAUUUGUAAUUUUUUAAUCCUCAGUUUUUUUCUGCAGUCUUUUUUAACACAAACUAAAGAACAUCAGCUUUAGGAUACAAAUAAUAUAAAGUUUGUAUACACUUUUGAGCUUUUUAUAGUUUAGAUUUUUCCACUGAAUUGAUUAUAAAUAAAAUUUUGGCUAA